AUGUCUGGCUCAAACGAUCCUUUGAAGGCGCUUGAGAAUGAAUGGUCGUCUGUCGCACGGCGGCAAGGCGCCGAGAGUGUCGUGCUCGUCAAUGAUGUAGACAACGAGUUGCCGAGCGUGCCGCCCGACUUCAUAUGGACGGAGGCCGACUAUAUCAUUGCACCAGGAUAUGAACCCAACGCACGUUACCAGCUUCACUGCCGGGACUGCUCUCCCUGUGGGAUCGGCGAUCCUUGCCGCUGCAUCAGGGAAGCUGAUAGAGACUUUGAUGGAGCUUACGACUGUGGCUAUCUUCGCGAAUCUUUGGUUGACUGUGGACACGGCUUCGUGAUUCGCGAGUGUAACCCGGCAUGCCAUCGAGGCAGAAGGUGUCUGAACAGGGCCUCGCAAGACCAACGCCGAUGGAUACCAGAGAUCUUCAAGACCGACGACGGCCGCGGAUGGGGCGUACGUGCUCGAGUGAAGUUAGAACGCGGAGAAAUCCUUGGGGUCUACACCGGAAAGCUUCUUCCCCCGAUUGACUCAGCUACAAGUGGCUUGAUCGAGGCUAGCAUCCAGGAGGACAGUGCCUGCACUAUUAAGAGCCUUGAUGGUGAUAUCGACGUUCAGUAUAUGUUCGCGCUGGACGGUUACUCGGAUAGAGACGCCGAAACAGCGUGGUCUGUAGAUGGAUAUGGCGCCGGAAACUGGACACGAUUUGUCAAUCACUCGUGCAAGCCGAACACGCUGGUGUAUUCCCGCUCGCUCGGACAGAUGACGUCUGACGAUCAAGAACUUCUCUACCUCGUUCUCGUCGCCAGAUACGACAUCCCGACGGGUACAGAACUCACGUUCGACUACCGUCCGGGUGGCAUCCACGAAGCGGGACAGGAAGGGCGACAAGAAUGCCUGUGUGGCGCAAUGAAUUGCCGCGGCCGAUUGUGGACGUAG